AUGCGGAUAGAACUGACGCUGGCGCGGGCGCAGGUGCAGCACGGGCUGCUGCAGCAGGCGCAGCAGCAGCUAGCAGCAACUUUGAAGGAGUGCAAACGCCUCGACGACAAGCUGCUGCUCGUCGAGGCCUUUCUCCUCGAGUCCGAGAUCUUCUUCAUUCUCAAAAAUGUCCCCAAAAGCAGAGCAGCACUCACUGCAGCAAAAACCAACGCCAACGCAAUCCACUGCCCCCCCACGCUCCAGGGGCAGCUCGACCUCCAGGCGGGGAUUUUGCAUGCGCAGGACAACGACUACCGAACAGCAUUUUCUUAUUUCUACGAAGCUUUUGAAGCUUUCAGCGGACAAGAAGCAGCUCAGGAAAGCCACAAGCGACACCAGCAGCAAACCAAGGCUGAGGAGAAGACAGUCGCAGCAG